GACACGCACAUGCAUAUGUAUCUACACCAAAAUAUCCUACACCAAAAUAUCUCCAAACCUCGCAAUUUUUCACUCUCUCUCUCUCUCUCGUAUCUGACUUCUGCUUGAGGAGGGAAAAACAUGGUGUACCGUGACCGCCGCCGCCACCGCCACCACCACCCCCACCAACCCUGUUUGCACUGCCAUCCUCAAAGCUACAUAAGAAUGGUGCAAAAUUUGAUUGAGAGAUGCCUUCUCUUCCAUAUGACCAGAGAUGACUGCAUCCAAGCUCUAGCCAAACACGCCAGCAUCCAGCCCGUCGUCACCCUCACCGUGUGGAAAGAGCUGCUGAAGGAGAAUAAAAGCUUCUUUCAAGCGUAUGACCGAGUUGUUCCCCAAAGCCAUCCGGAAUAUAAGCCAUCGGAGGAGAGGAUCUCGAAAGGGACAAGCAGAAAGCAAUGGAGGUGAAGAAAUGAGAAAAGUGACCCGUCCAGGAGAUAAUGAGGUAGAAAUGGCAAUAUGUGCCCAGAUAGUUGCUUAGGCUUACUCAUGUUAUAGCUGAGAUUCGGCGUCCGUUUUGCCCAUGGGCCGGGUUCGUAUUGGUUUAGACAGAAACCAGACGAUUCGGAGAAUACACGCUUCGUCCGUUUUAUUAUACACUAUUUUUCACGGCCGUGAUUAUAUUUUAUCCAUUCGGUAGCAACCUCGACGCAACGAAGCUCCACCUCUUGUGAGCAGUAGGAGUUCCGCCCUAUUUUUGACCUACAUAAAAGCCUUCCGAAUGUUUCUUGAUUGUAACACUUUUGCUCGAUUGCUCAUUGGCUUCCGCCUUUGGGCAUCAAGUCUUUGCUGAGGCCUUUCUUGGCCUGUUUAAAAGCUAGCUCUUGCUCCAA